UACAAAAUGUCCAGUGCCAAGGCCAAGAUCAAAAAGCAACCUCAGACCAGUUACCAGAAAUAUUCACAUUAAAGAGCAAAGUCACCAGAAAAUUAGUACCCCAACCACAGAAGAGAAGUUAUCCCCCAGCAAGCCCUUGUGUCUGUUGGACAACACCAACAACUUGGAAAGCCAGGCAUUGAUGAACAUUAUGAACACAGAACAAAGCCAAAAUAGUAUUGUCUCAAGAGUCAAAGCAUUUGAGGGUCAAACAAAUACAGAAACCUCAGGACUGUCCAAAAAACCAGAGAUUGCUCCCCGCACAGUACCCCCAAGGCCUGCUGUUUCCUCAGGGAAGCCCGUGGUAGCUCCCAAGCCAGCUGCUAACAGAGUUUCUGGAGAAUGGGACUCCUGGACAGAAAACAGACUCAAGGUGGCCUCCCAGGAAGGGUCUGUCCCUCCACCGCAAGAAGCAGGCAGCAUCCCAGUAACCAAACCUGAAUUGCCAAAGAAACCAAAUCCUGGCCUUAUACGAAGUGUUACUCAUGAGAUUCUGAGAGGAGGUACCACAGCUGAGAGCCCUGAUGGUGGGAAGAAAGUACCAACUCCUGCUCCGCGGCCUUUGUUGAUGAAGAAAUCCGUUUCCUCAGAAAACCCCGCCUGCCCUUCACUGAAACCAGUCACUGUUCCUCCCCGACUCUCAGUGACAUCACAAGCCAAAGCGUUCAGGUCACUGGGAGAAGGGCCUCCCGCCAUUCCCCCACUUCCAGUUUUACACAGCAAGACCCCAGGAGACAUCGAUCUUAUCAGUUUUGAUGAUGAUGUGUUACCCACCCCAUCCAGCAGCCUGGCUGAAGAAUCUACGAGUUCAGAGCUGGGUCUGGAUCCUUUUCAGCUCCCCACAAAAAGAGAACCAACAAAGGAACUAGCAGUUCAACCAGCGCCCACCAGGAAGCCCACUGUGAUUCGAAUUCCAGCCAAACCAGGAAAAUGUUUACAUGAGGAUCCACAAAGCCCACCUCCUCUCCCUGCUGAAAAACCCAUUGGAAACACUUACAGUUCAAUAGCUGGAAAACUCAGUAAUGUUGACAGAACCAGAAUCUUGGAGUCCGAUCACGCUGGUCAAGCAGGAGGUUCUGUGCGAGGGCCCCCCAGGCUUCCACCAAGACCUGUAAAUGGAAAAGUCAUACCAGCUCGGCAACCUCCUCCCAAGGGACCCCCUGAGAGACCACCUCCCCCGAAGCUUUCUGCAGCUAGAACAACAUGUAAAAAUCUGCCUCUUAAUCGGUCCUCUUCUGACAUGGAUCUUCAGAAAAAACAAAGUAACUUGGCAUGUGGCCUUCCAAAAGCCAAGAGUCAAGUCUUAAAAAAUCAAGAACCGGUGCUACCCCCUCGCCCCAAACCAGGACACCCUCUCUACAAGAAAUACAUGCGUGGGGAUGUUCUUGUGAUGCUGGAGCAGACUGAAAAUAAUUACUUGGAAUGCCAAAAGGGAGACGAUACUGGCAAAGUUCACCUGUCUCCACUGAAGAUUAUCACCCCACUUGAUGAACAUCUUCAAAAAAGACCCAAAGAUCCAAGCCAUUCUCAGAAGCCUGUUGACAGUAGUGCUCCUUAUGCUGUUGUUCUUCAUGAUUUCCAAGCAGAGCAAGUCAAUGAUUUGAACCUCGUUUCUGGAGACAUUGUUUAUCUUCUGGAAAAAAUAGAUACAGAUUGGUACAGAGGGAAAUGUAGAAACCAGACUGGUCUAUUUCCUGCUAACUACGUCAAAGUAAUUAUUGAUAUUCCAGAAGGAGGAAAUGGGAAAAGAGGACCGGUUUCAUCUCAUUGUGUCAAAGACUCAAAAUGUGUUGCUCGGUUUGAAUAUAUUGGUGACCAGAAGGACGAGUUAAGUUUCUCAGAGGGAGAAAUUAUUAUUCUUAAAGAGUAUGUGAAUGAGGAAUGGGCCAGAGGUGAACUUCGAGACAAAACUGGGAUUUUCCCCCUUAAUUUUGUGGAAUUUGUAGAGGACCAUCCCACCUCCAGUUCCAAUGUUUUAAGCUCAACGGUACCACAGAAGACCAAAAAUGAAGAUUCUCGCUCAAACUCUCAGGAUAAUAGUCAUUCUGGAGAAUGGUGUGAAGCUCUACACAGUUUCACAGCGGAGACUAGUGAAGACUUAUCCUUCAAAAGGGGAGACCGGAUCUUGAUCUUGGAGCGUUUAGAUUCUGACUGGUACAAGGGUAGACUACAUGACAAGGAGGGGAUCUUCCCUGCGGUUUUUGUGCGGCCCUGCCCAGCUAAGGCAAAAUGCUCGUCUGCUGCAAUACCAAAGGGAAAGAAGGCCAAAGCCUUAUUUGAUUUCCAUGGGGAGAAUGAAAAUGAGCUUUCCUUCAAGGCUGGAGAUAUAAUAACAGAGCUGGAAUCUGUGGAUGAGGACUGGAUGAAUGGCGAACUAAUGGGGAAAUCUGGUAUAUUUCCCAAAAACUAUGUUCAGUUUGUACAAGUCAACUAAAGGUGAAACUUGACUGUGUUCCGUGGCACAAGAACUCACUUGAACUAUCACUUUGACUAUCAAAUCUGUUUUUGCACUAGUUUUUUGUUUCAUGUUGUUUUGUUUACUGAGAGGGAAAUACCUACGCUGUACAUGGUACACUAGAAUUUUCUGAAAGCAGAAAACUUCUACGGUUUGUAUUUCGCUUUCAUUCACAGUAGAAACAUGCACCUGGAAACCAUGAGCCCAGGAUAGUCCCAAGGAAAACAGCAUGCAGGAUUAGCAAGAUGCA